AUGGCGAGUCAAGUCUUAUCAAGCCCUCUAGGACAAUUUUCUAAACUGGAAAAUCGUCCAGUGGCCAAUUUUCACCCUACCAUUUGGGGUGACCAGUUCAUAUCCUACACUCAUGAAGACGAGGUAACACGUGCCUGCAAAGAGAAGCAAGUUGAAGAUCUGAAAGAGGAAAUUCGAAGGCAGCUAAUGAAUGCAGCUGGUAACACUUUCCAACAGCUGAAAUUUAUCAAUGCCGUGCAACGUCUUGGGGUGGCAUACCACUUUGAAAGAGAGAUAGAAGAAGUGUUACAACAUAUUUAUGAUAGCUAUCCUGAUGGUGAUGAUAUGGAAAGUGAUAUCUAUAAUGUUGCACUUCAAUUUCGGUUACUAAGACAAGCUGGGUUCAAUAUUUCAUGUGGCAUGUUCAAUGAGUUCAAGGAUGAAAAGGGUGACUUCAAGAAAGCUUUGGUCAGCGACGUAAGAGGCAUGCUGGGCUUGUAUGAGGCUGCGCAUCUCAGAAUUAAUGGAGAAGACAUACUGGAUGAAGCACUUGCUUUCACCACCACCCAUCUAAGGUCCAUGGUAGAACAUUUAGAAUAUCCUCUUGCGGAACAAGUUGCUCAUGCACUAAAGCAGCCCAUUAGAAAAGGUUUAGAGAGGCUAGAGGCAAGGUGGUAUAUGUCUAUCUACCAGGAUGAAACUUCGCAUGACACAACUUUACUAAAGCUGGCCAAGUUAGAUUUCAAUCUAGUGCAGUCCCUACACAAGGAGGAGCUAAGCAAUAUUGCUAGGUGGUGGAAAGAAUUAGACUUUGCUACAAAGCUACCUUUUGCGCGAGAUAGAUUGGUGGAAUGCUACUUCUGGAUACUUGGGGUGUACUUUGAGCCUCAAUAUGUCCGGGCUAGACGAAUUCUAACCAAAACAAUUUCCAUGACAUCCAUUAUAGAUGAUAUAUAUGACGCAUAUGGCACAUUUGAAGAACUCGAGCUCUUCACCAAGGCCAUUGAGAGGUGGGAUAUUAAUAGCAUAGAUCACCUUCCAGAAUACAUGAAACACUGCUAUGUGGCACUCUUAGAGGUGUACAAAGAAAUUGAGGAAGAGAUGGAGAAAAAAGGAAACCAAUAUCGGGUUCAAUAUGCAAUAGAAGCGAUGAAAAACCUAGUUAGAGCUUAUUUUCAUGAGGCUAAAUGGUUCCAUGAAGGACGCAUACCAACAAUGGAAGAGUAUAUGAGGAUAGCACUGGUAACCUCAGGUUACUACAUGCUUACAACCAUGUCUUUCAUUGGUAUGGGAGAAAUUGUAACAAAGGAGGCCUUUGAUUGGGUGAUCAGUGACCCUAAGAUUAUCACAGCAUCAGCUGUAAUUGGUAGGCUCAUGGAUGACAUCAGUUCACAUAAGUUUGAGCAAAAGAGAGGGCAUGUUGCCUCAGGCAUUGAAUGUUACAUGAAGCAAUAUGGUGCCUCUGAGGAAGAGGUAUACGAUGAGUUUCAGAAGCAAGUUGUGGAUGCAUGGAGGGAUAUUAACGAGGAGUUCCUACGACCUACAGUUGUUCCGAUGCCUCUCCUAAUGCGUGUGCUUAAUCUUUCUCGAGUGAUGGAUGUGAUCUACACGGGGGAAGAUGGGUACACUCAUGUUGGAAAAGUGAUGAAGAAUAAUGUUGCAUCACUGCUCAUUCACCCUAUUGUAUGACCAAAUGGAUCAAGUUGAUCACCAUCUACAUAUUCUGCCUUACCUAGGGAGUAGGAUGAAUAAAAAUUAUUGUAAUAGUAUGGGAGAGACCUAUAAUGUUUGCUACUCUCUCUCGGUUUGGUGGUGUUUUACAUCAUACUAUCAUUUGGGCUAAAGGUAUUAAUG